AAACGCCUCGGAAAUUUGUUGCAAUUUUUUAGUUCUCUUGUUCCGAAAACUGUUUUCGGUAGUAUUUAGUUAUUCCAUUGAUUGUGGAACAAGAAGCUGCUGAAAAUACGCGUUUUCAGUACUCUCCGUUCUUUUCCGGCGCGUCUCAAACAGGGUCGGUUGACUCCGGUCAAGCGUUCCGAGAGUGGCCGCAUCGUAAAUAUACACCUGUAGAGGGUCCAGCCGCCCGUUCCAAGGCGGUCAUCGUCAUAUUCCUCCGAUUCGUGCGACUGUCCUCGCGCAUCCACCAGCGAAGACACGCAACGAAAACCCCAAUAUCAUCAUCAUCAUUGUGCCGUGUUUCCCAUAAGUUCGCUUCAGACAAAACGACGAACCCAGCACACGAGUCCCCGUGGCCCCCUCCCCUUAAUUAUGUGCGCUCCGAGUACGCCUCACUGUGGUAGAAGUGAAUCGUAAAAGCAAUUCGUGGCGUGCCGAAUACACUCCAGUGUUCCAUAUACUCAUCGCGACACGCUGUGCUAGAUUUCCAUAUUACGCAAAGACGGCGCAAGACGGGAAAAGGGCGAAGAAGGAAAGGCGGAAUUCGAUUUUUUGGACACGGAGCGAUGAUGGAACAACAGAAGCAUAAUACGCGUGGCUGCGUCUUUUCGCUGCUUUACUCGAUCGGCUCGUUUGCGCUGGCCAGCGCCAGCCUGUCCACGCUCAAUCCGAGCGAUCGGAUCACGGUGGAAAAGGGAGCCCUACUGAUCAGCCUGGGGUUCGUGUACUUUGUCGCACUGACUGAGUUUCUCAACAAACUGCUGCUGAAGACGGCCCUCGGGCAUAGCUUUGUCAAGCGCUACCGGUUACGCGUGUCCGAUGUGCUCGACAUCACGAAUAAACUCGUUUCAGCGGUUCAGGCGGCCUUUUCCUGCAUUGCCGGACUGUUCGUUUGUCGCUGGUCCUGCCCGCGGAACUUCCUGCAUGCCUCACACUUCCUGUCGGAAUCGUACGCCUGGUUUGCGGCGUCCUACUUCUUCUACGAUCUCUGGUCGAUGUACAAAAUCUAUGCCGCCGAAGCGGCCCUAAAGAUCAAGGCAAAACUGGGCCUUCACUCAUCGGUUGGUGAUGGUAGCGAGAACAACAACGAAGCAGCCGGUGGCCGGAAUGGGGCGGCUACAGUGAACGGAGCCCGAAACCGGGGCCAGAAGGAGGCGACGGUGGCGGGAGCGGAAGGCGAUGAGACGAUCGCUAAUGGUAACAACUUGCAGGCCCUGGACGAUAUACCGAGCGUUGCACGGGGCACACUGUCCUUCGUGAAUCCGGGCAAGCUGGGCAUUCCGAGCUUUGCCAAGUAUCUGAUUACCCAUCCGCUGAUGGUGUUCCAUCAUCUGUUUAUCGGUUCGUACGGUCUCAUCGUUAUCUCGUACCUGCGCGGUGGGCUAGGUGAUUGCGUGUUUAGCUUCAUGUAUAUGAUGGAAUUAUCCACACCAUUCGUGUCGUUCCGCGGUAUUCUGAGUGUGCUCGGACUGAAGCAAUCGAAGGUGUACGUUGUGAAUGGUUUGCUGAUGUUAAUCACCUUCUUCUGGUGUCGCAUUUUCUUGAUGCCGUACGUCUGUUACUACUACAGCCAGGUGGUGAACUUGCCUUUCUUCACGGCCGUCUGGAAUCUUCCAUGGGGAUGCAAGGUUAGCAUUCUAGCUCUGUUCUUGCCCCAACUGUACUGGUUCCGGUUGAUGGUACGAGGUGCAAUGAAGGUAUUUUUCCCAUCGAAGGCCACUAGCCGCCGCAGUGGUAACGUGGUACGUGGUAACGGUACCAACGAUGCUUCCUGUGCAAACGAGGUGGCGGCUAAUGGUGGUGGUGCCGCCAUCAAAUCGUCACAAUCCAAAGAUAGUGAAAUACGCUCGUUACUGUAGACAGUAGAGGGGGCCAUCGUAUAGUGCACAAAAACGGAACGAAUGCUUCGCAGCAGAAGCACGAGCACAACGAACAGGCCAAGGCCCAGGGCAUUGCAUAAUAACCCUUAAUAGGCACCACCAACCUUAGCGGCUUCAGCGAUAUACAGCCUAAGUGUUAUUUUGUGUGUAAUUAUACUAUUCACCUCUGAUGUGCAUCACUCAAUGCACCACCGAAACCAAUCCGUGCACCGACCUGUCCUGAGCAGCGCUGUUGGAUCGACGGCUAUACGGAUUCGAUCGACAGUAGAUCUAGCAAGCGCGUGCAGCAGAAUGAACAGCAGCUACGUAGUUACCUAGUCAUAUCGAUUCAUUGCUUUUCACUACACUACGUCACCGUAUCUUAACUUUACCUGAACCCACUGAACACCGACCACCAUAGACUUACACACGAAAUAUGCCCAGGGAUUAUUAACCAGACCUACACACAAAGGAGGAGCGCAACCAGUGUACUUCCAGAUUGUUCUUGCCAGUCUUUUAUUCAGUUGUCACUAAGCGAAAUGUAAGAUUAUACACAGGUCACAGAUCAGAAGAAAUAUUACAGGAUUGGGUGCGUGCGCCGAUGGCAUGGGGUUUCAGCAAGCAGGGAACGGAAAUAAGUUAUUGGUGUAACAUAAUCGAGAUACGAAACCAAAAAAAAACCAAACGUGCAUUGUGUAAGCAUCUCGCUCGAUCGAGCCGUACCGUGCCGUGUGUCCGUGUCUUCUGAUCCGUUUAGAUGAUAGACUUUUGUGUGCAUUUUUUCUACCGACCCAAGCGGGCUGAGAACGGGAGCAUGUGAGCUUGAAGGCGUACAGGCUUUUGUGUGCGCGGUAGUAAUGGCCAGUUAGAACAACCUUAAUCACUUAACUGUUAGAUGGAGCUUUCAUAAUUAGUGUGCUGUGUUUAUCAGAACCCAAUCCCCUCCUGGGGUGAGGUGGGGACUGGAUGGUAGGGGAGAGCAGCGGUGGCUUUACGGGCCGGAUGAUAAUGCUGCUGCUGUUUGUGUCUGUGUGGGUAGUACCGGGGCCUUUGGCCGAUAAUUGAAAUUUAAAGUAAAUUGUUAGUCCUAGGAGAGACAGGGAAUCGAAAUCGACUGCAGCAGGUAGCGGGAGGACCAUGUGUUGGCAUUCCAUAGGACAUGUGCGUCGCUCAUGUCCCUCGCCUAAUGGCUUAUGGUGGAGUAGCAAGGGAAGUAGUAGUUUGGAAAAGACAUUGGAUAAAGCAUCACGAUCGUUUGGAUGAACAUUUUCCGUGCGUUAGACGGCCAGUAGCAGCGGCGCUAGAUUUCCGGAUAGAUACCUGUUAUCAGGGGGUGUGGCGGUAGAAUGCGAGAGCGUUGCAGAUUGAACUAUUUGAAUCAUACCAAAAUAUGGUGUUUGUGUACCACUUUACAAAAUAGAGAAAUAAAGAUGAA